CUGAAUAACGAAGAUCACUCAACAAUGCCUGCCCCUCUCUGACUGCACUGUCCCGCCGCCGCCGCUGCCGCCGCCGCGCCCAAGCCAAGUCGAGCGGGGGCGGUGCCCACCGACGGCGCAGCCCUCGGGCCUGCCCGGGACCAGGAGGUGAGCCGCGCACGCACAGCUCCGGAGCGCUCGCCCGUCCGAGCGCCCGCCAGGUGCUCCGCCGCCCGCCGCCGCCCGCCGCCGCCGAGAUGCACAGCCCGCCGGGGCUCCUGGCGCUGUGGCUUUGCGCCGCGCUGUGCGCAUCGGCGCGUGCGGCCAGCGACCCCCAGCCUGGCCCGGGGCGUCCUGCCUGCCCGGUUCCCUGCCACUGCCAGGAGGACGGCAUCAUGCUGUCAGUUGACUGCUCCGAGCUCGGGCUCUCAGUGGUGCCUGCAGACCUGGACCCCCUGACGGCUUACCUAGACCUCAGUAUGAACAACCUCACCGAGCUUCAGCCGGGUCUCUUCCUCCGCCUGCGCUUCCUGGAGGAGCUGCGGCUUUCGGGGAACCACCUCUCACACAUCCCAGGACAGGCAUUCUCCGGCCUCCACAGCCUCAAAAUUCUGAUGCUGCAGAGCAACCAGCUCCGAGGGAUCCCGGCAGAGGCCCUGUGGGAGCUGCCCAGCCUGCAGUCGCUGCGCCUAGAUGCUAACCUCAUCUCCCUGGUCCCUGAGAGAAGCUUUGAGGGGCUGUCCUCCCUCCGCCACCUCUGGCUGGAUGACAAUGCACUCACCGAGAUCCCUGUCAGAGCUCUCAACAACCUUCCUGCUCUACAGGCCACGACCUUGGCUCUCAACCGCAUCCGCCACGUCCCUGACUAUGCCUUCCAGAACCUCACCAGUCUUGUGGUGCUACAUCUACACAACAACCGCAUCCAGCAUGUGGGGACCCACAGCUUCGAGGGGCUGCACAAUCUGGAGACACUAGACCUGAACUAUAAUGAGCUGCAGGAGUUCCCCGUGGCUAUCCGGACCCUGGGCAGGCUGCAGGAAUUGGGUUUCCACAACAACAACAUCAAGGCUAUCCCAGAGAAGGCCUUCAUAGGCAACCCUCUCCUGCAGACAAUACAUUUUUAUGACAACCCAAUCCAGUUUGUGGGAAGGUCGGCAUUCCAGUACCUGUCUAAACUGCAUACGCUGUCCCUGAAUGGUGCCACUGACCUCCAGGAGUUCCCAGACCUCAAAGGCACCACUAGCCUGGAGAUCCUGACCCUGACCCGCGCAGGCAUCCGACUGCUCCCGCCGGGAAUGUGCCAACAGCUGCCUAGGCUCCGGAUCCUGGAGCUGUCGCAUAAUCAGAUUGAGGAGCUGCCCAGCCUGCACAGAUGUCAGAAGCUGGAGGAAAUUGGCCUCCGACAUAACCGGAUCUGGGAAAUUGGUGCAGAUACCUUCAGUCAGCUGAGCUCCUUGCAAUCUCUAGACCUGAGUUGGAAUGCCAUCCGUGCCAUCCACCCUGAGGCUUUCUCAACCCUUCGAUCCUUGGUUAAGCUGGACCUGACAGACAACCAGCUGACCACACUGCCCCUGGCUGGGCUGGGCGGCCUGAUGCACCUGAAGCUCAAAGGAAACUUGGCCCUGUCUCAAGCCUUCUCCAAGGACAGUUUCCCAAGACUGAGGAUCCUAGAGGUGCCCUACGCCUACCAGUGCUGUGCCUAUGCCAUCUGUGCCAACUUCUUCAAGACCUCUGGGCAGUGGCAGGCCGAGGACUUUCACCCAGAGGAAGAAGAGGCACCAAAGAGGCCCCUGGGUCUCCUUGCUGGACAAGCUGAGAACCACUAUGACCUAGACCUGGAUGAGUUCCAGAUGGAGACAGAGGACUCAAAACCACACCCAAGUGUCCAGUGCAGCCCUGUCCCAGGCCCCUUCAAGCCCUGCGAGCACCUCUUUGAGAGCUGGGGCAUCCGCCUUGCUGUGUGGGCCAUCGUGCUGCUCUCGGUACUCUGUAACGGGCUGGUGCUGCUGACUGUCUUUGCCGGCGGGCCUAGCCCGCUGUCCCCUGUCAAGCUUGUGGUGGGUGCGAUCGCAGGGGCCAACGCCCUGACGGGCAUCUCCUGCGGCCUCCUGGCCUCGGUGGACGCCUUGACCUUCGGCCAGUUCGCCGAGUAUGGAGCCCGCUGGGAGAGCGGGCUGGGCUGCCAGGCUACGGGCUUCCUGGCUGUCCUGGGCUCGGAGGCGUCGGUGCUGCUGCUCACACUGGCGGCCGUGCAGUGCAGCAUCUCCGUGACCUGCGUCCGGGUCUACGGGAAGGCGCCGUCGCCUGGCAGCGUCCGCGCAGGCGCACUGGGAUGCCUGGCGCUGGCCGGGCUGGCCGCCGCGCUGCCGCUGGCCUCGGUGGGCGAGUAUGGCGCCUCCCCGCUCUGCCUGCCCUACGCGCCGCCCGAGGGCCACCCGGCCGCCCUGGGCUUCGCUGUAGCCCUGGUGAUGAUGAACUCGCUCUGCUUCCUGGUGGUGGCCGGCGCCUACAUCAAGCUCUACUGUGACCUGCCUCGCGGUGACUUUGAGGCCGUGUGGGACUGCGCCAUGGUGCGCCACGUGGCCUGGCUCAUCUUUGCAGAUGGCCUCCUCUACUGCCCUGUGGCCUUCCUCAGCUUUGCCUCCAUGCUGGGCCUCUUUCCCGUCACCCCCGAGGCUGUCAAGUCGGUCCUUCUGGUGGUGCUGCCUCUGCCUGCCUGCCUCAACCCCCUGCUCUACCUGCUCUUCAACCCUCACUUCCGGGAUGACCUUCGGAGGCUCUGGCCAAGCCCUCGGUCUCCGGGGCCCCUGGCCUACGCUGCAGCAGCCGGUGAGCUGGAGAAGAGCUCCUGCGACUCCACCCAAGCGCUGGUGGCUUUCUCUGAUGUGGAUCUUAUUCUGGAAGCUUCUGAGGCUGGGCAGCCUCCAGGGCUAGAGACCUAUGGCUUCCCUUCAGUGACCCUCAGGGCCACCAGGCUGGAGGGGAACCAUUUUGUAGAGUCUGAUGGAACCAAGUUUGGGAACCCACAACCUCCCAAGAAGGGGGAACUGCUGCUAAAGGCAGAGGGAGCCACACGAGCCGGCUGUGGCUCUUCCGAGGGUGGAGCCCUCUGGCCCUCUGGCCCUCUCUUUGCUUCUCACUUAUAAAUAUCCCUCCGUGUUUGUCCUCUCCCCUCCCAAUGAUGGCUGCUUAUAAAAGAAAGACAACUACAACUCCACAGCGGGAUAGCCAACGCCUCUGGCUCCAUUGUUCUCUCUCCACGCCCAUAACCCAUGAGCACUUCCAGGUCUUGCUUUGUCUUGGCCUUCAGUUUCACUUUCACCCUGGGCCUUCCCUGUCCAAUCCAAUAUAUCUGACAGAGACCUGGACAAUUUGCGUAGGAGAAGGGAGAAAAGCAGGACAGUGAAGGUUGUGAGGAGCUGACAGAACCAUGCACAGUGAAAGACACUGGAAGACAACUACCAAAGACAGUGGAGAUCUCCCCGGUGACAUACAGGAUAUAAAAUGUCUUCUGCGUCCCAUUAAUCUUGACCUCCGCUGUGCCAAAGUGCUUCCUGUUAAAAUACACUUUGGAAGACAUUGCAUUUUAUGUCCCUUUCUUAGAGUCAUGGGGUCCUGAGAAUUAGGACCUUUUGGCUUAAUUACUACAGCAGUUAAACUUAAUUAUUUGAUGAUAGGUUUUUGUUUGCUUUUCACAGAACACCUACAAAUUUUUCAUAGAACUUAGCACGGUUUUUCUCCCAGAGGACUCAUCUUCACACCAUGGAGUGCUACCCUAUGAUGUCAUAAGAUGCCACCCUCUUUCAAAGCCCCUAUGAAGCCAACCUGAGGCGAAGUGCCAGAGGUGACUGGUGAUCCAUCAUCCAGGACAGAUUUUGCAUUCUGCUCCCCUCCCCACCUCACUAAUCCUACUGGAGCAGACACCUGGAGCUUCCUCAGCUCCAAGGUGGGGUGGGGAGAAAGAGACCCUUGUGUGUGUUCCCACCCGACACAGCCCAAGCAGUAAUGAAAUUUCUGCCCUCAGCAAGACAGGAUUCUUAGGUCCUGGCAAGGUAAACACUGAGAAGUCUGUAGCUCUAUGGAUUCUCCUGAACUCUGUUACCUUCUUAGGGUUUUACAUUGUAUGCAUCCUCCAUGGCCCGGACCUCUCUUCUCUUCCCAGUCCUGUUUCUGGGAGGGGUGGACAACCCAGGAGAGUGGGUAUUGUAUUGUGGGUAUUGCAUCUUAGGGAGUGCUGUGGCUAUCUGAGACUCCUGGGUGCCCCCAUCAGGUCUUUGAUCCUUCCGUGUCUUCCUCUCUUGAUCUUCCUUACCUUAUGCUUUCCCAAGUGCAGUUGCGGGACUACACAGUGCCUCCGCCCCACUCCAAACACAGGAAUUCAAUCUCAGAGAGAGGAGGUAAGGCGUGAGAAGAAGCCGAGAUCCGGCAAUAGAUGAUGAUUGCUCCGGGGUCUGCCCCAACACCAUUUACCUAGAAAGGCCUGAGUUUGGAGCCUGAAGCCCAGUGGAGCACCAUCUACCUGAGUCCUCUUGUGAUCCCUGGUCAAGUCCUCUUUCCAAAAACUCCUUUAAAACAAUCUGGGAAGGUCAUUCUCUAACUUAAUAAUUAACUUCCCAUAGCUUAGCCUCUCUGCGGUCUCCCGAGUGCCCAGUGAUAAUUCUGUCAUAGGCCAACAAGUGGGGGAGGAGAGAUGAGUCAGAGGCCAUGUGUGGAGCUUGGGACAUUUCUAAACCUCCUGUGAUUCACUGAGUAGCCCCUGGACUCUAGAAGGCUCAGAGGCAGAAAAGGGUGGCUUUAUAACUUCUUGUGGCCGGUUUCAGAGUGGGCAUUCACUAAAUGAUAGCAAAUUUAUUUAUCAAUUGUUUCUGGGUGUCUGAUCUCUUUAUUUCCCCAGGGCUAUGUAUGGAGCCCUUGGUGGGAGGUGCCCCCACCCUGAGAAUUGGUGGUUUUCUAAGAUUCCCUAGGGAUGGCUGUCUUAGUUAGGAUCUUACUGCUGUGAACAGACACCAUGACCAAGGCAACUCUCAUAAGGACAACAUUUAACUGGGGCUGGCUUAUAGGGUCAGAGGUUCAGUCCAUUAUCAUCAAGGUGAGAACAUGGCAGAAUCCAGGAAGGCAUGGUGCAGGAGGAGCUGAGAAUUCUACAUCUUCAUCUGAAGGUUACUUCCAGAGAGCUAGGAUGAGGGUCUUUAAGCCCAAACCCACAGUGACACACCUACUCCAACAAGGCCACACCUCCUAAUAGUGCCACUCCCUGAUCCAAGCAUAUAGAAAACAUCACAAUGGCAAAAUUGGCAUUCGUUUGGAGAGCCUUGACUGCUAACAAGUUACCUAGAUUUCUACCCUGCUCUCUCUGCCUACACCACUCCGGGAUCAUUGUUCCCUUUGGUGUAAAGGAGUCAGCCCUGAAGUAGAGUGGAGUGGCCGUGUGUUGGUGGUCUAAGAAUAUGGGCAUUGUUCCUUAAAGAGAUCUUCUAUGAAAGUGAUCCAGCCCCUUUGGGCUACAAGCUUUAGCGUGACAUAGUCACCUUACUGCCUGCUUCUAAAUCUGGGCAGCCAAAGUUCAACUUUCUAAUUAAAGAAGAGGCAAGGGAGAUGAGAGUUGAAUUGUCUUCCAUUAACUUUUGAAAUGUCUAGCCAGGAGUGGUGGUGCAUACCAAUAAUCCCAGCAUAUCGGAUGUGGAGGUAGAAGAUUGAGUGUCAGGGUCAUCCUUAGCUACAUAAUGAGUUUGAGACUUUGUCUCAAAAAACAAAAGCAAGCAAACAAAACCUCCAAAUACUAGUCCAUAUACAUUUAUCCCAAAUAAGACUGAGUAGUAAAGUUUCUUUGUGUUUGAUUUUGGGCCUAAUUUCUAGCAAGCCAGAACGUUAUUCCUUUGGUUAUCUCCUUUGUGAUCAGUUGAAGACCUCAUGUCUUCUUCUAAGCAAAUUUCCAGGUCUCUGUUCUACAUAUUUGGAUCUGACAAGAAAGACCGUGAGUCUUUGACUGAUCACAGGAUGAAAAACUGAACUGUUUGGAGCACCUCUACUGUUAUCAUUAACAAAAUCUUCCCAAAUAAUGGCCAUGGAAAAGAAUCCACUCCGGGGACUGAGAUGGUGGUGGUAGAAAUGCCAGGACUUGGUCUGUACUAGCAUGGGCUCUGCGUGCUGUGCAAUUAGUCAGUGACACAGAGGAGAACUCAUGGUGGACCACGGCUUGUUAAGCACCUCAUCAAAAUGAAAAACCAAAACAAACAUAGAGCUAAAAUCAAUCGGAAGACUACGAGUUGGCAGGGCUUCUUACUAGGCCCUAGCUUUCCUCUUCACUCCUCUCCUGCUCCUCUGGAUUUACUUUUCCAAGAAGAGUAAAGGCUUCAAGAACAGGGGAGGGAGAGCUGGUCAUAGUCAGUAGGCUCUUGGGGCAAGGAUGGAAGAGGUGUUAGGAAGCCCCAUCUUCCUGGCCCCAGUCCCUCUGACCUCCUCUGCUCUGGGGUACCAAGUUCUCCCACCUGUGACCCACCACCUCCACAUCCCUUCUGGGUUCCAGUUCCCCCCCACCCCCAGCCAUGUGAACUAUAAAAAUUGUCAAGAUGUAAAUAUCCGGUUUUUCUGUAUAAUAA